AUCAUAUACCAAAAACGUACUACGUAAUCCAUUACGUAUAUCGAGUAUGAAAUAAUAACUGAAAUGUGCGGCUGGGUUGUGUAUAUAAAUCUCUCGAACGAGAGGCAUAGAAGAGAAAUUAAUUGAGUAGAACAUAUUUACUCAAACACUUGAUAAAAUGUUUGGGGAUAUUAUUUUUGCCUGCGUAUUGGAUGUUGCCGCUACAGCUUCGCAGAUUGCGGGGGGAGUAAUUCAAUCUAAGAAGGUGAGGAAUGCGGUGAAGGAUCCGUCGAGUUCAAGUGAUUGUUCAGCGGGAAUGGAUGUUAUCAUUUUUUGGACACCUUUGCUAGUUGCAGGAGGUUGUGGUCUGAUGGCUCAUAUAAUUGCUUGCAUAUAUGGACGACGCAUCUACCGCAAUCGUGAUGAAUCUCUCCCCAAUAAACAGAAGAAGAUAUAUGCAAUGCUUUUUGCACUAGCCUCUUGGUUGGCAUUUGGUAUGGGAUUUUAUAUGGUUGCUCGAGGGUUUGUUGUGCUUGUUUCGGAUAAAGAGGUGCGCUAUUCUAAUGGACACUGUUCCGUCUCCCACCCCUUCGAUAUGGUGAUUGCAGCAAUUGCUUGGUUUCUACACGGUGGAUUUGUCGCUCUGGCAUAUUACACAUUCCGUGAUGUCUCUGCUUGACGUGCACUAGAAGGAAGAUACACCAAAUGUUAACUGGAACGAUCUACAAGGGCCGUUUAAUUACUUUGAGAUUUGAGAGACCAUGUUUUGAAUGACAAAUCGAGAUCUGUAGUAUACCUUUGAGAAGUAUUUAUUUAUACACAAUUUGGCAAAUGACUUAUCACCCAACUUUUAGCUUGUUUAGCCAAUUUUAGCGUUCUUUAGUCAAAGGAGUCAAUGUUUAUGUUUGGCAAAUGGCUUUUUAGGUUGGCUUGUUGAUGAAGUCCGAAAAGCUGUAAAAAUGAUUGGCAGGAAAAGUCAAGGAGGGCAGCCUUUGUAUUCGGCUGCUUUAGUUUUCCCACCAGGGGUAUAGGGCUCCAACGUCCAAAGUUUCUAUUCAGCUGUUUCUUUGAUGUUUUGCUUUUUUUCUUAAGUUAGUCAACAUUUACGUAACUAAAUGUUUUGCUUACAGGAAAAAACAAAUUAUUUUUCGAUUCUCUCUUUUUUUUUUCUUUCAUUCUUUUGGCAUGGGUUAGCCUUUUUUUGAGGAAUGGGUAGCCUUUUCUAAAUUAAUGAUCUUUUUUUCUUUCAUUCUUUUGGCAUGGGUGAGCCUUUUUUUAGGAAUA